CCUUGGCUUUUAUAGUAGAAAUGACGAAAUAUAAGGCCCUUUUUGCAGAAAUGACGAAAUUAAUCGCAUAAGACGAACAUCAAAUCAUUAGAUGGAAAACCUGUCUGUUAAUCCACGGAUAAUCACAGCCUUGAAAAGGGCUAAUCUUCGAAGCUUUGAAUCAGUACUUCAUCUUUCUCCUGCUGAUCUGGGGAGAUGUACAAAGUUGUCCUCAAGAGAUGUCUCUGUUGUUAUCAAGGCUGUUUCAGAGGAGGUUUACAAAAUUAAAUACACCACCGCUUUGACUCUUUCAAAACAAAGAAAAGAAGAUUGCCUGGAACCGACUCACCUGACCACGGGGUGUCCGAUCCUUGAUGACUUCCUCCAUGGUGGCAUCCUGGUAAAGGGAAUAACGGAAGUAGCAGGGCAGAGUGCUGCAGGGAAGACACAGUUCUGUCUUCAGCUCUGUCUUACAGCACAGUUGCCUAUCCAACAGGGUGGUCUUGCUUGUGGUGUGGUUUAUAUUUGUACUGAAGAUGUCUUCCCAAGCAAGAGGUUACAGCAACUGAUCUCAUCGUUCAACAGGAAGAUUGGGCCUUCUCUUGCAAAGCAGCUGGCUGUAGGGGAUCGUAUUUACGUUGAACAUGUAGCAGAGAAGGAUCAACUGUGGCACUGCCUUGAGAAACGUCUCCCCCUCCUGCUGUCCAGAGGUAUGGUGAAACUUGCCGUGGUCGACUCGUUGGCAGCCAUAUUUAGGAGUGAGUUUGAGCUGCGAGACACGGUGAAACGAGCAAGGGAGCUUCAGCGUGUAGGUGCCCAUCUACACAGGCUUAGCUCCCAGUACAAUGCCGCUGUAGUUUGCGUGAACCAGGUAACAGCAAAUAUGAAAGCGUCACUUGAUCCCACCGAGUCGGACAUGAUGCCUGCCCUGGGUCUCACCUGGUCCAACAUCGUCAAGGUUCGUCUUAUGCUCAGUCGGACACCCUACAGGUUGCCCCCGUCAGAUGCGACAAACAAGAGAACUAAUAGAACUCCUGUGAAUGGGGAAUGUAGCCAUGAAAGUGAACUCAAAGCGGAGGUGCCAGUCAGACAAAUAGAGAUUUUAUUUGCACCUCAUUUACCCAAAGAUGUCUGUUAUUAUAUUGUGGAUGCUGAUGGGGUCAAAGGGUUACAAUGAAGAGCAGAGAUGUCUUAUUAGAUCUGACGAACAGACAGUUUGAGGGAAAAGAUUUCAGUGAUUCAUGAGGAGGACGAUUAUCUUUGGAAAUCUAAUGUAAAGACAGUCCUUGGGGAAAGUUUUCAGUGAACAUUGAGAAGGGAAAUAUUCUUACAUCUGUUGCAUAGACAGUCGUUGGGAAAGGGUGACAUUGAGCUGUUGGAGAGGACAAUUUUCUUCAUAAAUCUGAUGAAGGGAUAGUCUUUAGGAAAGGUUUACAAGUGAACCUUUGAGAAGGAAAGUGAUCUAAUUAAAUCCAACAAACAGACAAUCUUAAUUUAUUUAUACAUGUCAGGGAAUAAUUCACUUUGAUUGGCAUUUUUGGUCAUAAGAGAAAAGCUCUCAACUAAUUUCUAUACAGACCUGUAUAGAAAUCUUCUACAGAAAAGACUUUUUUGUAUAGCAAUAGCUAUGCAUAUAGUCUUUUGUAUAGCAUAUUUUUAAAUAGGACUGUACAUUACUUAGUUGAGAGCUUUUCUCUUAUCCCAAAAAUGCUAUUCAAAUUUGUAAAGCAAAAUUAAUUCCCUGCAUUUUGGAUUUGAGAAAUCUUAUGUCAAUUGUCAAACAUAAGAUUUUCUGCAAAAUUCAAUGCAGAUUACACAUACUGAAGUUCAAAAAGGGUUGUGACCAAACCAUUCGGGGAAAUCGGUGAUCCAUUGAGUACAAAAUGAUUUUCUUAGAUGAUACUAUAGGGAUAAGUUAUUCCUUAUGAGCAAAAAGAAAA